AUGUCAUUUAAAUUAUGGUUCACUUUUAUUUUUAAGGCCAAAAAUAUAAUUGAACAGGCUUUUUUUCCAAUUGAGUAUGAGGAUGAAAAUGAUGAAACUGAAGCAGAAGACUUUGAAAUGCCUGAAAAAAACUAUAGUAAUGAAUAUAAUGAAGAACAGGAGAAACAUCAAUAUUUUGAGGAGGAAGAGGAAAUAUUUUUUGAAGAAAAUGGAGAAUGGUAUAAAUGGAGAGAAGCUACAGAUUGUGCAACCACGGUAUCGUUCCUAAAUCGAUGCAAAAUAUUUCAAAUGUCAGAACAUAACUAUGAAAAAUUGUGGACAUGUUAUGCCAGAAAUUUGGUUCUUCUCCACUAG